UGUGGUGGAAGGCGUUGCGGGAAACUUUUGGGGUGCGCUGCGGGGCACCUAAUUUGAGUGAGGGCGGAGAUCAUUGAUCUCCCCUUUCUUCGUUGGUACAUAUUCCCCGUGCUAUGCAUUUUGUAUACAGUUCGCUAUCAAACUGCAGCUUAAAGUGAAGUCUGUGUGGUUGGACCCGGCGGCCUCAGCCCGGUAGCUUGGAGCUUGCGUGCGUGACGACACCGCCGCGCCAUGGGCAACCGAAACUCGCUGUGCUGCGAGGGCGGCUCGCCGCCGGUCGGGCGCCGCUCGGUCCGGGAGGACCGGUACGCGCCGGGCACGGGCGGCGCCGGCGCCGGUGACGCCGGCGCCGCCCAGCCGGACGGCCGCGAGCCGCAGCGGUCGCGCGACGAGUCCGUCACCAACCUGCAGCACAUCAGCGAGCGCGAGCCGGACGACCUCAACGACGACCCGUCGCUGCACCCCACCGUCGGCCCGCUGUUCGUCGAGCGCAGCAAGUCCAGCAUCGAGAACGGCAUGAUACGGCGGCGGAGCAGGAACACGCUGAUCGAGGACCGACCGCUGGUCAAGAGCAGCAGCUGCUCCACCAUCUUUAUCGACGACAGCACGGUGUCGCAGCCCAACCUGAAGAACACCAUCAAGUGCGUGGCGCUGGCCACCUACUACCACAUCCGCAACCGGUCAGCCGACCGUACGCUCGACAUCUUCGACGAGAAGCUGCAUCCGCUAACGAAGGACGGCGUGGCGGACGACUACGACCGGCACAUCCCGGAGCAUCGGCAGAUCUACAAGUUCAUCCGCACGCUCUUCACCACGUCACAGCUGACGGCCGAGUGCGCCAUCGUCACACUCGUCUACCUGGAGAGGCUGCUGACGUACGGCGAGAUGGACAUCACGCCGGGGACCUGGCGGCGUAUCGUGCUCGGCGCCAUCCUGCUGGCCUCCAAGGUCUGGGACGACCAGGCCGUCUGGAACGUCGACUACUGCCAGAUCCUCAAGGACAUCGCCGUCGAGGACAUGAACGAGCUGGAGCGCAAAUUCCUGGAGGUGAUCCAGUUCAACAUCAAUGUGCCGUCCAGCGUGUACGCCAAGUACUAUUUUCACCUGCGCACACUGGCCGAGGCGAACGACCUGUGCUUCCCGUCCGAGCCGCUCAGCCGCGAGCGCGCGCAGAAGCUGGAGGCCAUGUCGCGCGUGUGCGAAGACCGCCUGGCCACGGACCUGCUGCGCGGCGGCAAGAAGUGGUCCAGCAUGGACAACGUGUCGCUGCACCGCCGCAGCGUGGCGAUACUGUCGUAGCCGUAGGCGGCGCCACCGCCCCUCUGUGAUAUCGCCGGCGUC